AUGUUGUCCAGGCACUUCUUCCCCCGACCGCAGGCUCGUCACACCGGCUCUUCACAGCCACACCAUCCCUACCAGCAGCCUCCGGUCUGGGCAGGGGAACGGCCGCCGAUCCUCCUCAUGCUCGGGCUUCCACACGGAGAUCAACAGGAGGAGGCAGAAGAAACGAGAGCGUUAGAUUAUGAAACCGUGCAGCUGCGGGGAAAGGUGGGCGAGCAGUCAACAAAAGGAGCCCAAAGUGACGGAGCUGAACCUGCAGCCCCGGCGACGUCACGACCCCCGGAGCUGACCUGGCCGCUCUGCCCGGGACUCCCGGCUCAGCCGGAGAGGAACGCAAAUAACCCCGUGUGGACGCUUGGUGUAGCCAUGGGAAACACGCUAACCUCCUGCUGCUGCUUUCAGCCCGGACGUAGACUCUGCAUUUUGCUGUUUGGAGGGAACUCAGCAAAGAAGACAGAAAUCUGUAACUUUAUUGUGAAGAAAAAUUACGAUUUUUCAGGAUUUUCUCCAGACAGACAAGUUUUCGAUGGAGAGUGGAGAGGAAAACCUUUAACAGUAGUGAAAACUCCCGACUUCUUAAGUCCGUCUCUGAAAGCAGUGAGAGAAGAGCUGAAGAGCUGUGUGAGUCUCUGUCCUCCUGGACCAAAUGUUCUGCUGCUGAUGGUGAAACCUUCUGAUUUUACUACGCAGAGCAGAAAAACUCUCAGUUUGACCCUGAGUGUGUUUAAUGGAGAUGCCUUUAAACACUCAAUGGUCAUCAUCACAGAUGAGGAGAAGAUACGAGUUUCAGUUAAUUCUCUACUCAGAGAUUGUGAAGGUAGACACUACAACAUGUUUGAAAAUGAUCAUCGACAGUUAAUGGAGAAGAUUGAGAACAUCGUGCAUGAGAACAAAGGAAAAUUCCUCACAGUCACUGAAGAGACCAUCAGACCAAAGUCUGAAGACAUCAAACCAUCUUUAAACCUGGGUCUGUUAAAAGAAGAGGUUAAACCCAAUCUGAAGUCCAGUGUGAACCUGGUUCUGUUUGGGAGGAGAGGAGCAGGGAAGACGUCAGCAGCCAAGGCCAUUUUAGGUCAGACUGAGCUUCAU